AUGUUUGGUGUUCUUUUGCAGCCGCUGAGAUUGGAUAUUAAGCGCCGUUUGACGGCGCGCUCAGAUCGAGUGAAGUGUACAGAUCUUCAUCCGACCGAACCAUGGAUGCUUGCUUCACUCUACAAUGGGCAUAUUCACGUGUGGAAUAUAGAGACACAACAGCUGGUCAAGUCAUUUGAGGUGUGUGAGUUGCCAGUCAGAGCUGCAAAAUUUGUGCCACGAAAGAAUUGGAUAGUUGCAGGAUCAGAUGACAUGCAGAUCCGGAUUUACAACUACAACACCUUGGAGCGCAUUCACUCAUUUGAAGCACAUUCGGACUAUGUCCGCAGUAUUGUUGUUCACCCUAUGCAACCUUUCAUUCUCACCAGUAGUGAUGACAUGCUAAUCAAGCUGUGGAAUUGGGAGAAGCAGUGGGCAUGCCAGCAAGUUUUUGAAGGUCAUACUCAUUAUGUCAUGCAGAUUGUCAUCAACCCUAAGGACAACAAUACCUUUGCAAGUGCUUCACUUGACCGCACUGUCAAGGUGUGGCAGCUGGGUUCCUCAACUGCAAAUUUCACAUUAGAGGGGCAUGAGAAAGGGGUGAACUGUGUGGACUACUAUCAUGGAGGAGAUAAGCCAUAUCUCAUUUCUGGAGCGGAUGAUCGCUUAGUUAAGAUCUGGGACUACCAGAACAAGACCUGUGUUCAGACACUUGAGGGACAUGCACAAAACAUCUCAUCAGGUGAAUGCAGGAAGCUUCCUAUCAUUUUGACUGGAUCAGAAGAUGGGACUGUUCGGAUAUGGCAUGCAAAUACUUAUAGGCUUGAAAACACUUUGAAUUAUGGAUUAGAGCGAGUCUGGACCAUUGCCUCUCUAAAGGGUUCAAACAAUAUUGCUCUUGGCUAUGAUGAGGGGAGCAUUAUCAUCAAGUUGGGGAGGGAAGAACCAGCCAUGUCCAUGGAUCUCAAUGGAAAGAUUAUCUGGGCCAGGCAUGCUGAAAUUCAGCAGGCCAACUUGAAGGCCAUUGGUGAUUCUGAGGUCAAAGAUGGAGAGAGGCUCCCUCUUGUGGUCAAGGAUAUGGGCUCAUGUGAAAUCUAUCCCCAAACCAUUGCUCACAACCCCAAUGGAAGAUUUGUGGUGGUGUGUGGAGAUGGAGAAUAUAUCAUCUAUACAGCAAUGGCACUGAGAAACAAGGCAUUUGGCAGUGCUCAGGAGUUUGUCUGGGCAUUAGAUUCUUCUGAAUAUGCUGUUCGGGAAAAUUCUACAAUGGUGAAGCUCUUCAAAAAUUUCAAAGAGAAGAAGUCCUUUAAACCAGAAUUUGGUGCUGAGGGGAUUUAUGGUGGCUUUCUCCUUGGAGUGCGAUCAGUUUCAGGCCUUGCCUUCUAUGAUUGGGAGAGUCUGGAUCUCAUUCGUCGCAUUGAGAUUCAACCAAAGCAUGUGUUUUGGUCAGAUACUGGGGAACUGGUCUGCAUAGCUACUGAAGACUCAUAUUUUAUCCUUCGCUAUGAUUCUUCUGAAGUGACCAAAGCUCACCAGACAAAGACGGGCCUUACAGAAGAUGGCAUUGAAUCUGCUCUUGAUGUGCUUGGAGAAGUUCAAGAGUCUGUGAAGACAGGUCUUUGGGUUGGAGACUGUUUCAUCUAUACUAAUGGUGUGAACCGACUCAACUAUUAUGUGGGAGGGGAACUGGUCACCAUUGCACAUUUGGACAGGACCAUGUACCUCUUGGGUUAUAUUCCCAAGGACAAUCGGCUCUAUCUUGGUGACAAAGAACUGAACAUCAUGUCGUACUCACUCCUUCUCUCAGUCCUGGAGUAUCAGACAGCUGUGAUGCGCAAGGACUUUGAGACAGCUGACUCUGUUCUCCCAUCCAUCCCCAAAGAACAACGCACCCGUGUUGCCAGCUUCCUCGAGAAGCAGGGUUUCAAGAAGCAGGCCUUGGCUGUUAGCACAGAUCCAGAGCAUAAAUUUGAGCUAGCUUUCCAAUUGGGAGACCUGAAGCUCUGUCACCAAUUGGCAGAGGAGUUAAACUCAGAAACCAAGUGGAAACAGCUCUCUGAGCUUGCCACAUUGAGAGGAGACUUUAAACUGGCUCAAGAGUGCCUUCACAAGGCCAAUGAUCAUGGAGGCCUUCUCCUCAUGGCUACCGCUGCUGGGAAUGCACAGAUGGUGGAACGACUUGGUGAUUCCUGUGCUGAAAGUGGAAAAAACAAUGUGGCAUUCCUUUCAUAUUUCCUCCUUGGCCAGCUAGACAAAUGCCUCCAGAUCCUGGUUGAUACCAACCGUCUCCCUGAAGCUGCCUUCUUUGCCAGGACCUACAUGCCAAGCCAGGCAAGCCGUAUCAUCAGCAUGUGGAAGGACUCCCUCAAGGCAUCUGCACCAAAGACAGCGCAGAGCCUGGCAGACCCAGAACAAUAUGAGAACCUCUUCUCAGGAUUCCUGGAUUCUUUGAAGGCAGAGCAAUACCUCCAACAGCAGAGGAAAGGUGGAUUUCCACCUGCCUCUUCAUACCCUCGAUAUCCAGGCAAUCAAGAGAGAAAGCCAAUUGAGGAGAUGAAGGCAAGAGAAGAGGAGGGAGCAUUCCACUAUGUACCCUGUGAAGGGAAGGCAAAAGAUCAGGAGCAAAAAGGUGCAGGCUCAAGUUCAGAGCCCCUGAACAACUUAUUACAUUUUGAGGAAUUACUUGAUGACGAUGAUGAGGAAUUCAAGGAUGCACCUUCCACUGAAGAUGAACUUAAAAGGAGAGAGGAGCACCUGUCAACCUCUGCAAUUGAAACAGAGCUAGACCUGGAGAUUGAGAAUCUGCAGCUUGAUAAUGUGGAUCCUAGUGAUGUCAACCUGGAUGAGGAGCUCCUGGAAGACUGAGAAGGAAUUAAUGCACCCCCUGUCUCGAAGGAAAUUAAAAACAUAUGUAUUGAUUAUGAAGUGUUUCAGUGCACCAUUUCCUGAUGCUGUUAUAUUUAUCAUUGUAUCAAUUGAUUUUUUGGGAGAGUGUUCUACAAUCUCUGAAGAAUCAUUCCUUUGGUCUAUUUGAGUAUUUGAAUAUCUAAGGAUGAUGGAAUAAAAUUUUCUUAGGGAAGACUUA